AUGUAUCAUGAAAAUUUGAAAGAUUGCAAUUCAUCAACAGAUUCAAUUCAUACGCCAUUAAUUGAUGAUACUUUGAAUAAAUUCCAAAGGAUGGAACAAGAUUCUUCUACUAAUGAUGAAAACACUCAAAUAUUAAUUGAUUCAAAUAAUGAAGAAAAUUUAAGUUCUAGUGAAGCUAGCGAAGAAGAAGAAGAAGACAAUGAGGAUGAAGAAAAUAGUCCUGCUGGAAAUUAUUUUGAAAAAAAUACUAUUCUACAAUCAUUAAAUCAAUCUAAUUGUUCAAACACUUUAAAUAAUCUAUUGAGCAGAACUCCCAAUGCUAAUGUCACGUUGUAUCAAGCGGAAAAUAUAGUAGAAACAAUUCAAAUGAAUAAUGAUUCUAUGCACGCGCAAACAAUGGCUAUUCUCGCUGCUAAAUAUCAGCCUACUAAAUCUGUUAAUCAUACACCAAGUAGAAGUGAAAUUUUAUCUUUUAUUGGCCCUUGCCCGUUAUAUUCUUUGGCAUCUUCAUUUGGUCUUGAUAUGUGCCAUGGCCUUUCAAAUUUUCCAUGUCGUGAUAUAUUUGCUGGUGGUCGAGGUUCGAAGUUGGCUUCUCCACUUUGGCAACAUUUAACAUUAUCUCAUAAUUUUAAUCUUUCAUCGUCAUCUAUUAUUAUAUCGCAUCUUCUUCUUCUUGGUUAUUCAUCUCCAAGUCCAAUAUUAUUUAAUUCACAGACCAUCAAAAAUGUUCUUCGUACAACACCACGUUAUUCGCUAAUUAAAAGAUGCCCUCUAACCAAUUACGGUGUUUAUGGUAUUCAUUUUGAACAUGGUACACGUUUAUGUUCUGGUUAUACAUAUAAUACAAAUAUUUUUUCACAUUUAAUAUCAUUUCAUAAUAUGACAAAUAAUGCAUCAUUACGUUUAUCACGUGCUAUUGCCUUUAAUAAUAAGCAAUUUAAAUUUGAAUUCAAUGAAACUAUUGUUAGUGAAUACGUAAAAUGUCCUUUGCUAAAAUCAUAUCGAAUAAAACGAAUUUCUCGACCGAUUAAUCAUAAAUUUCAUUUAUGUAAACAAUUUACUCAAAACAAACCGGUGAAAAAUAGUUAA